AUGCCUUCAAUCUUUCAUAUUGAAAAUUCAUGCUUACGAGUUGCCUUCUCUCUUCUUACCACAACUUUUCUCAAACCCUCAAAUGGUACUCCUUUUAACAAUCUACUGCACGGCUCAGUAAAAAGUCCGGGCGCUAAAGCGGCAAACCAGCCGAUCGGAUCAUCCAACACCGAAAGUAAGCCGGCCCGAUUGAACGCCGGCAGGAAAAGGGCAGCCCAACAGGCAUCAGAGUCGGCUGGAGAACAGAACAUAAUGAUGGAUACCAGAAGUGUGUUCCUGCUGCGCUGCAAAAUCGGUGAUGAAAUCUGGACUCCAGUGCCACAAUACACGGCAAGUAUAGCAUUUUGGUCAUGA